CAAAUGUGACCCAACCUCAAGGCCAGUGUGGUUCCCUGUUCUCACUCUGGGAUUAAAGCACAGUCGGCUGGCCUGAGGACCAGCCUGAGCUACUGCAGCAAGGCAGCAGUGUGACCGGAGCAGCCUGCAGCACAGCCAUGGUCCCAACAAGAGCUCUAAUCUCUUCCCUCCUCCUGCUGCUGUCACUGACGCUGAUGCCCGCCGUCUUCAGCAGCCCAAAUUCAGAGGUCGCCAGAGGCCACAAGGACCAGCGCCAAACUUCUGGGCGGUGGCUCUGGGAAGAUGGCCAAGAAUGUGAGUGCAAAGGCUGGUUCCUGAGAGCUCCUAAAAGAAAACUCAUGACGGUUCAUGGGCAAGCAAAGAAACACUGUCCGUGUGAUCACUUCAAGGGCACUGCGAAGAAAACCAGACAUCAAAAGUACCGCCGGCACCCAAACAAGCACUCCAGAGCCUGCCAGCAAUUCCUCAAACGGUGUCAACUAGCAAGCCUUGCUUUGCCCCUGUAGGAGCUCCAAGAGCCCACUCUGCUUCCGGAACAUUCUCAGGCCAGAGGGCAGUCAGUGUGCCUAGAGAAUGUUCUUCAUCUUUCCACACCUUAGUUUCACCCUCUAAAUCAUUCCAGUGCUCUCAAAGGGCAUUUUCCCAAGAUCAUAUUAAUUACCAUUCCUCCUGGAAAGAUCCAGAAAACCCCAGCUUCCUAGCCAGUCUCAACCCUAAAUACAGGCAGAAAGUAGCAAACAGAAGUCAGUAAAUAUUGUUACAUGUUAACAGGUCAAAAAUACUUCUCUCAGGCAGGGUCUGCCCAGUCAGUUCACUCCAAAGCCAGCCCUAGUAUAAACACAUUUUCUACCACCAUGAUCCUUACUUUUUCUCCACUGUCCAGCCUCUUCAGUUUUUCAACAAAUUUCUGUAGGUAAGAGCUAGGGACAAGAAAACCAGGUAUAGGGGCUGGUAUUGUGGCAUAGCAGGCACCACUUCUGAUGUGGCAUCCUAAAUGGGCACUAGUUUGCGUCCUGGCUUCUCCACUUCUGACCCAGCUUCCUGCUAAUGUGCCUGGAAAAGCAGCAGGAGAAGGCGUGAGUGCUUGGACCCCUGCAAUCACGUUGGAGACCAAGAAGAAGCUCCUGGAUUUGACCUAGCACAGCCCUGACCACUGUGCCCAUUCAGAGUGUAAACCAGCGGUUAGAAGAUUCAUUGAUCUCUCUCUUUCCCUCUG